AUGAGCGAAGGUGCUAGUGCUGCUGCUGGUGUUGCUGCGACGUCCAUGUCUGACGCCGCGUACGCGUUCGAUGAGGACGUGCUGAAGGACGUGCGCAACAACAAAGUGUGGAUACAGGACCCCAAGUACUUUAAAAAGGUGAUUGUGUCGCCUGCUGCCACUAUGAAGAUGCUCAACCACGCGAAUUCCGGUGUCGAGAAAGGGAUCAAAGCUGGCGGAAAACCCGUGGAGAUCAUGGGACUGAUCAUGGGUCGGCCGUCCACUGGUACGGACAAAGACGCUGGCGACGCGCACACGCUCGUAGUCACAGACUGCUUCCCACUGCCGAUUGAAGGAGCCGAGACGCGUGUGCUCGCGGAUGAUGCCGAGGUUAUCAACUAUAUGAUCUCGCUGGGUGAAGCAGUCGAGCAGACACGCAAAGAAAGGUUCAUGGGGUGGUACCACAGCCACCCCUUUGACGUCGAGGUACAUAGCCACUGCUUUCUCUCGGCAACGGAUGUCAGCACGCAGCUCCAGUGGCAGCGCUCGGAAGACCCGCAUGGCAAUCCGUGGCUUGCUAUUGUGCUCGACCCACUGCGCUCGCUGGCCAAGAAACGUCCAGAGAUGGGUGCGUUUCGUGUUUAUCCGCCAGAGUUUGCCGCACCUGUGAACGAGACGCCGGACGGCACGAUCGUUACGGAUGAGAGCGCGAGACUCGAACGCUGGGGCAACUGCUGGAACCGCUACUACACGCUGGAGAUCGACUACUUUAUGAGCGCACUUGGCUCGCAGGUUGUGAGUGUACUCUCUGAGGAGUUCCUGUGGAUGCGUACUCUGAGCUCGAACACGAUGCAAGAGCGUGAGAAUCGUGAUCGUUUUUCGGAGCGUAUUCAGCUGCUGGCAAACAAGCUAGAUGGUUGCGAGGCUCACCUGUUGCCGCGAACGGGACGCAGCGCAUCGCGAAUUGGCGAGUAUUACGUGCCGGAGAAGCAGCAGUCACACAAGGAGACCGAGGAGUCCGCACUCGACAAGAUCACUCAGGCAGCGAACGAGCUCGCCAUCGAGAAUUCACUUGGUCAUGAGCUACAGGUUAUUAAGAAAGCUCUUUUCAACGACCAGUAA